AUGAUUUCAAUGUGGAGAACAGGCUUGGCAUAUUUGCGAUUGUCGAAUACCCUCACAGGAGUCCAACAUCGUGGCUUGGGAACAGCAUCUUUCCUUCUUAACAAGUUGCUGAUGAAAAGUGUUGAACAUUCACCAGAACAGAAAAUGGUGAGCAUCACGUGGCAGAAUGGGACUUCAAACAGAUAUCCUUACAUCUACCUACGAGACAAUUGCCAGUGCACAGAAUGCUUCUUUGAAGAAUCCAGUCAACGCCUUCUUGAUAUUGUAAAGGAUGUGGACGUUAAUGUUAAACCGAAUAAAGUUGAGAUUAGCGAUGACCAAACUAAACUGUCAAUCAUUUGGCCUGAUGGUCAUAUCAGUCUUCUUGAUGCUGAGUGGCUCUUUCAAAAGCGUCUUUCAGAAGAAACCGAAUCAGAAACUAAGAGCUGUGAAGGGGUGACAACAAGGAAAGUUACCCUUUGGGGUAGUGAAUUCAAAGAUCAUGUCCCUCAUAUGAAAUUUGAGGACAUUCUGAAUGAUGAGGAAGUACAAUUUAACUGGCUGAACAGUUUAUAUAGAUAUGGCAUUGCUCUUGUGACUGACACGCCUGUGCAAGAAGGGCAACUAGAAAAACUGGGCAAUCUUGUGGGUUACUUGAGAAUGACAGCUUAUGGGUAAGCAAGGUUUAUGAUCUCACAGUGUAUUAUAUUUCAGUCUUGAAUUUUAGAAGGACUCCUUGAAAAAUACUUGAAUUUUUUCACAAGUUCUUGAAUUUAGUCCUCAGAGUUUCCAGUACUGAGGAUGUGGUAGAAAAGUGGAUACAAAAAAUACCAUUUUCAUUUGGUUCAAAAACUGGAAGAAGGAAGCUGUCAUCCUGGGAUUAGGGCUGAACUGCAAAACCUGGGCAACCCUAACCCUGAGUGAGCUGUCAUGUCUAAUAGAAAUGGACUGGGAAAGGUGGAUCCGGGAGGUUCUUGGGGGCUUGUGUACUCUACCAUCCCCCUCUUACUCAGAUUCAUUCCCCCCUUCUUACCCUUAAUUUACUUCCCCUCCUUACCCCAGAUACAGCUUCUGCAUCUUAUUCCAGAUACACCUUUUUGUUCUUGUCCAACUUAGGUACACUUCCCUUUCUUAAUUAACCCAACAACACUUCCCUUUCCUACUUCACAUACUCUUGCCCCUUCUUACCCUACCCUGCCUUAAUUCUUACCCCCCAAACACAUUCCCCUUCUUACACCAGAUAUACUUUUCCAUUCUUACCCCAGAUACACUGCAAACUUAUUUACCCCUGCAGAUCCAUUUCCUUUUCUUACCUAGAUAAACUCCCCCAUUCUUAAUACCUCAGAGAUGCUUCCCAGUCCUUUUCUUUUAUACACCACUCCUUCUUCAGGGGUACCCAAUGACGGUUUCCUCCUAAAUACAUUGAAAACUCUUUUUAGGCUAUGUAGAGCACUUUUAGAUCUCUAGAAAUGCAUUCUAAGCAGCACUAUAAAAAGUGUAUCAUGUUUGGUCAUCCUAGGGGUUAAUACUUGAGUCUUUUCGAAAUUGUUACAAGGGCUUCAGUAUUAUUUUCCCGAAAAUUUUAGAUGCAUUUAACGUUUUACGAAAGUGAGAAUUUUUCUUAUUCCUCCCUCAAUCACAUUUUUGAACCCCAAAAUUUUAGGUUUCCUCUUUUUACAAAAAUUAGCCUGAUAUGGAGAGUAAACUGUGAGAGAUUAAACUUCAGAAAAUCAUAGGGUUUUUACUAGUUAGAUAAUAAGCUUCGAAAAGUGUACCUGAAUAGAAUGGUCAUCUGGAAAUUUUUAGUCGUCCUUGAGCAAUAGAAAAUUCUAGGCAGUAUUUGCUUCCCCCAACAGAUAAUUCACAGAAAACAUUGGUUGGGUCCCCUGCUUCUUAACCCAGAUCCAAUGUUCCCUUCUUCAGACCCCAAAUAUGCUUUCCCAUUUUUACCCGGGGGGUACUUUUGGGUUAAUGUUUGCUGGGCAUGUGCCACUAGCCUCUCAGAGCCCCAACCCCAUUAUAGUCUAUUUUUUGGCCAAUUAUAGACCCUGUCUCAGUCACUUUUUGGAAAAUGUAAUUUUCGUGAUCCCAACUUAGUCACUUUCUAUUUAUGCAUCUACCUUAUCAAUGUGGUUUCAAGUGGUGGAAUGAAAUGCGGUCAAUGCGAACUUAUUGUUAAAUUUAAUAAACAAAAACUUUCUGAUUUUUUAACCGAGAAUCUUCCCAUUUUGAAUCCCUACUUACCCCCAAAAAUCCGAAAAUUUGUAACCCCAUCCUAGUAACUCUAUUGAAAAUGCGACCCCAUUAUAGUCACUCCAGUCGUGAAAAUGUGACCCCAUCCAGCAUCUCAUCCCUAUGAGCCUCUUGUAAGGGAGUACCCCCCCCCGGAUUUUUACCCAAGAUACACUCCUAGUUAGAUGUCCCUUUCUUUCUUCAGAUACACUUCCCCGGCCCCUUCUUAACCCAAAUACCUCUCCCCUUAUUACCCUAGGUCUAUGUUCCCCUUGUUACCCCAGAUAUACUCCCCUUCCUUACCCCUGAUAAUCUUUCCAUUCCUUAACCCAAAUAUCAGUUCCUUGCCUCAAAUACAAACUUUGUAUCUUAAUUUCUAAGGACAGAUCCAACCCAAUAAAAAAUCCUAGAUCCAUUUGUGCCUUGUCGUUGUUCAGAAAUCCCUGAUUGGUUUUGUGAAAUUAAUUUUUGCUGUUUUUCUUUUCCCAAGAAAGACAAUCUUGGUUUCUACACGUCUGAAGGCUAAUAGUGUUGCAUACACAAGCCAUACUUUGCCUCUUCACUCAGAUCUACCUUACUAUGAAUGCAAACCAGGGGUAAGCUAUAGAGAGCAUUAGACUAUAACAACGCCCUAGCUGUUUGGGUGGCAUCAGAGCAAAUGAUAACAAAUGACAUAAAGAUGGGUUUAUUAGCUGGAGCAUUGACAUGGAUAUUAAUCACAUUAUUAUUAAUAUUAAAUGAGAGACAGAGAUGUGGCUUGCUCCUGAAGUAAUACUAUCAUUGUAUAAUAGUGUUAUUUUAAUUAUAGUAUAUCCUUUUUGCACACGUGCUACUUUUGAAGGGAGGCUAAAUUUUAAGAGGGAUUGCAACUGUCAUGUCGUGCACCUCAUUAAGUUCACUUUGCGGCAGGAUUAGCUCAGUUGGUAGAGCGCUUGACUGCAGAGCAGAAGGUCGUGGGGUCUCAAAUCCUGGGGCCGGACCAAUACUUAUGGUCUUAAAACAACUGAGAAAUGAAGGUACUCACUUUGCCCUGCAAAGGGAUAGACCUUCACGUGGCUGGGAUGACCACUAAAAAUGGCACUCCAAAUAGUGUCCCCAAUUAGCACUUUCAUGCUAAAUACCUUGACACUCAAAUAAAGAGCAUUUUUUUUAAACAUGCAGAUUCAACUCCUCUUUUGCUGGGAGCAAAUUCCAACCAAAGGGGGUGCAAACACACUGGUGGACUCAUUUCAUGUGGCUCAGCAACUAAAGAAAGAAGAUCCUCAUGCUUACAAUCUUCUUACCAAAACUCAUGUUCUUUUCCGCCAUAGUGGAGCAGAUAUACUUGGUGAAUAUGACUUUGAAGGAGCAAGGCCGUUGCUUGAGUAAGUUGGCUAUUUCAAACAUUUCAAUUUGCAUUUUAAAAAAGUUGAGAAAAUACCUGCCUUCAGCCAUUGGUUGUGCAGGUAUACCUGUGGUAGACAAGAGACAGGACUGAUGUACAUUGUACCCCAAUGAAAAUUAAGGCUUUCACAGCUAGUACUUGAAAAGUCCUGUAAGAAGGUGGAAAAGAAGGAGUGCUUACCCCCCUCUGACGGGCACUUGAGGGAAGUUUGAUGCUGUGGGUAGGUGUGCUGCCGAGGCCUUCAAACCCUGCCCCUGUUUGAAACAAAUAUUGCUCACUGCCCUUCACCAACCUUCAUACUUUUUUUAAGACUUCCGGUCUGAAAAUACACCCUGUUCAAGACGCUAAAUAGUGAAAUUGUAUAACCUCUUUAAGGCUCCAGACUCUUAAAACCAUGCCAUACCCUGUUCGGUGGCACAUACCCAUAUAGGCCAAAUAAGGGAGUUAAGCCUCCCCUCCUUGGCCUACCCCCUGUAAGAGAGAGUUGUGGCAUGUUAACUAAACCAAUCAAUUCACCUCUUUAGGGUCGAUCACCAUGGCAGGUUAUUGCGCUGCAAUCAUAAUGAGGGAACAAGGCAGUGUUUUCUGGGCGUGCCAGCAAAUAAAACUCAAGAGAUGUAUGAAGCUUACUACUCGUUAACCAAACGGCUGAAAGAUCCAAAAAACAUGUUUGUUCACAAGUUGUCUCCGGGGGAGAUAGUGGUGUUUGAUAAUGAUCGUGUCCUCCAUGGACGCACAGGUUACACUCUGACAGAGAAUGUAGGUAGAUGUUUGGAAUCAGCUUAUAUUGAUUGGGACGUGGCGAGAUCCAAGUUGAAUGUACUGGGUAAGAAACUGAACAAGGGUCCAGUGGCAAGAAUGGACAGCACCCUCAGUGUAACACACCCAUGGACUGCAGCGUAA